AUGGCGCCAUGGCAGGACCCGUGGAUUCUCAACGCCACCGUGCGCGACAACAUCCUCAUGGGGGCGGCGGGCGACACAGCGGCCGCAGUGGACGAGGGCCGUUACCAGCGAGCCAUAGACGUGUGUGCGCUGAGGCACGACCUCGCCAUGCUGGCUGGUGGUGACAUGGCUGAGAUCGGCGAGCGCGGUGUGU